AGUUAAUUUCUUGCGUUUGCGAAAACUUAUAAAACACUGUUAUUAAACAAUUCGUAUUGUUUAAUAUUUCGUCCACGUUUUAAUCGGGUACACUUUUAAUAGUAUAAUGUGGAUUCUCACGAAUUUUCAAUCUGAAUUCGAAUUCUUUUGUAUAUUUUCUGCACUUAUGGCUGGCUCCGAGUGACUCUACUUUACUUUUGUCGUUCGCCUGCGCCCUGCGUUUGACAAGAGUGUAACCAGACCGAACGGUUAUUGACAGAAGGGAUAAAAGAGUUGCCGCAACAAUAUCGAAGGGCCAUUAUGAAAUAUCACCAAUCAGCAGAUAUAUGCGAAAACAGACCAUAAAGACAUUAUUUCCUACGCAACUCAUAUAAUUAGCUAUAUAAAAUUUUUUUAAAUUUCUACACAUGUAAUGCGCAUUGUAAUGAAGAUGUAUUUAAAGCUUAACAUUUUUAAAAUAAUUUCUUAUUGUUUUGUAUUUACAAAAUUCUGCAACCCUGAAGCACAGAAAAUUCGGCGCCGUUCCAUUUUAUAACAACGGCGACGAUUCUAGCUUUCAACUUGUCAAAUCGCAUUGACAUUGAUUUGUCAAUUUUUCACGUGUUUACGGAUUCGACAAAAUUUUUAUAUAUAUAUCCUAGUUUCUUCAACACGCUUAAUUAAAUAACAUAAAAAUGGUAAAAGUCAAGAGUGAACCUAUCGAUCAGGAUGCCUCUGUUGUUUCUGUAACAAAUGUGUCGGUCAAAGAGGAGGAUAGUUAUGACGAUAAACUGAAGUAUGUGAACAUUAUUUCACAGCCGAUGGCCUCACGUAAAAUGGCCAAAAAAUGCUAUAAACUUAUUAAAAAGGCAAUGAAGCACAAAACCUUCCUACGUAAUGGCUUAAAAGAUGUACAAACACGUUUACGUAAAGGUGAAACCGGCAUCUGCAUUUUUGCUGGCGACGUAACACCCAUUGACAUUAUGUGUCACUUGCCAGCCGUCUGCGAAGAGAAGGGUAUUCCCUACGCUUAUACACCAAGCCGCGCUGAUUUGGGUGCUGCUAUGGGUGUAAAACGUGGCACAGUAGCAUUGUUGGUACGCGAACAUCAAGACUACAAAGAUUUGUACGAUGAGCUGAAGGAGGACUUCUCGGGCUUAAAUAUACCUGUUUGAGAGCUUAGAGGCAAUGUGCAUCGUUUUUUCUUCUCAAUGAUGUGCAAACGUAGUUUAAGAGAUUUCUUACGCCUUUAUAAUGAUAAGUUUAAUAAAAUAAGAGAAUAUAGAAAAUAAAA